AUGCGAUCUCCAACUGCUUACCCCGGUUUGGAUCUCUGCGAGAUCGAGUUCAAAGCUCCGUUCUUUGGCAAGACGACUUUGAUGGUGUCCUUGAUGAAUCCCUCUCAUCACCCCAUCUCCUAUCGUGCGCGAUUCGUUGACAGAGCGAAAUGUGGAGAAGCUGAGCAUCUCACAAUGGAGUCGAUGAUUGGAAUCGUGAGAGGAAAUGAGCGGAAAGAGAUCCCAAUCAUCUUGGAUCCAAAAAUUGAUGGAGCUUUUGUUCAACCCGGUCAUCCCGAUUUCCUCUACUUGGAAAUGAUCUUUGCUCCACGAUACGAAAAUGUGGAUUUGGAAAAGUUUUGGAAAUUGAUUCCUCGCAUCAAGAUCGAUGGCCAAAGAUUGUAUGGGGCGACCGUUCAAGUCACGAAGAUUUUCCCAAUCAAUUACAUUUAUCCAUCUACAGCUGAGAUUGUCCCAGAAGAAACGGCAAAAGAAAAGGCUCGAAUUGUGAAUGGAAAGCCAUUCAAUUACUAUCAAGACAUUUGGAGAUGGAGUAAAAAGGAAAAGACGUGGAAACCCGCGGAGGACAGUGAACAGCAAGAGACUCCUCAAUCGGCUGACCCUGAAUUGAUGGCUCAUGAAUCUGCGCUUCCAAAAUCAGCAUUCGAUCAAGUUUGGGAAGGAAUGACCGUUCAACCAUCAACUUCUCAAUCACCGCUUCCAUCUGAAUUCCAUGAAUCACUUGGUAUCUGGGAGGAAUUGAUUCGAUGUGAAACGCCGACUGCUGAAGUUCCGAUUGAAGAACUCAUGGCUUCAUUCGUCAAUGAUCCGAUGUCAAUGAUUGAUUGGAUGAACUCAACACUCACUAAUGUUUCCGAAGAAGCUGAGAAGCCAAAUGCCGUGAAUGUUACCGAAAAGAACUUCAAUAUUUAUCAAAACAUCUGGAAAUGGGAUAAGAAGGAUAAGACGUGGAAAUUGGCGGAUGAUAGCGAGCAUGAAGAGGAAAAAGAACAAAAGGCUUCAAACUCGAAUCUCCUCGACACGGCGUUCAUUUCGGAACCAACUUUCAUCGAACCAAUGAUUGCUGCUAUUGGGACUGAGGUUUUGAAGCCUUCAAUCUUCCACAAUGCCGCCAUCUCAAGCCCCACAACUGCCUUUGAGCCAACUGCUUCUAUUGGAAAGGAAACACUGAAGCCUUCAACUGUCAGCCUUCUCAAUGCCAUCUUGAAGUCUUCAACUGUCGCCGAGCCUACCGUUGCCCCUAUUGAAAAUAAAAUUUUGAAGAUUGCCUCAAAGGAAUCAGAAUCAAGCGCUCAAAGUGCAAAUGUUGUCGAGAAGAAGCCAUUCACCUAUUACCCUUACCAGUCCAACUGGAAAUGGGACAAAGUAGCAAAGACUUGGACACGAGUGGGCUUCAGUGAAGAGUCAGUUGUGGUUGCCACAAAAAAGGACGAGGCUUUGACGACUGAGGAAACUGCUGGUCAGGAUGAAGCUGUGAAGAUUGCCGCAAAAAAGGAUGAGGUUUUGACCAAUGACGAAGCUACUGAACAGAUUGAAACCAUAAAGGCUGUUGAAAUCGAGGAGACACCAAAGGAGAAUCCGGAGAACAAGGAAAAGGAAAAACUCAACUAUCUUCUCAAGGCGGCAUGGUCACGAGCUGAGAAGAAAUGGAAACUGGCAGAGAAGAGAAGAAAGUCUUCUCCGGCCGAUAUUUUUAAAGCGCUCGGAAUUUCGGUGACCAUCGCUGGACAGGAGAAUACAGAAAUUGUUGAAGAAAUGGCCUCAACUUCAGCUCCUCAACAGCUUAAAGUCAGCGAGAAGUCGCUCGAAUCGACCCAUUUGAUCGAUUUGGAGUGGGAAAAAGUUGAAAAGGAUGAGCGACAGGGAUCCUCGAAGGCACUCGAUGAGAGCGAUGAUGAGAAAAGCUCGGAAUUUGAAAUUCUUUUUGUGGGAGGCGAUUGGAUUGAGGUGGCCGACCCACUUGAUGCACACCGACUCGUC